AUUUUUUUUUUAUAGAAAAAUAUACAAAGUACAAGUUUUACAUUGAGUUCAAUUCAUAGUUCAUAGUACGGAGUAUCCAAUUUUCCAACCUAAUUAUUCCACCAAAAAUCAACAUAAUUUUGUCGUAGAAUUCCAAAGUACUGUUGCAAGCAGCCACGAACAAGAUCAACUAUAUCUUGAUUAUCUUCUCAGCUGGUGAGCACUUAGUCUGUAAUUUGAUUUUAUCAUGAAGUUUAACAUUGAUUGAAUUGAGUAAUUAAACUUUACAUACACCAUGUUUUGUUCUUCAAAUUCUGUAUUUCGGGUACCAUUAAACCCUUCAAUUAACCCCAAAUCUCCAAUCUUUUCUGAAACAAUAUUCAACCCAUUUCAUGAAUUCCCCAAUUCACCAAAACCCAGUUCCCGAUUUCAAAUCAGAUGUACCAUUAGAAAGCUUAGAGAUAGAAUCGAUACUGUGAAGAAUACCCAGAAAAUUGCAGAAGCCAUGAAACUUGUGGCUGCUGCUAAAGUUAGGAGAGCUCAGGAAGCUGUUAUUAAUGGCAGACCUUUUGCUGAGGGUUUAGCUGAUAUGUUGUACAAUAUUAAUCAAAGUGUUCAAUUAGAAGAUGUAGAUGUUCCUUUAGCUAGUGUUAGGACUGUUAAAAGAGUUGCCCUUGUCGUAAUUACCGGCGAAAGAGGGCUUUGUGGUGGUUUUAAUAGUGCAGUUAUUAGGAAAGCUGAGAGUAGGAUGCAGGAAUUGCAGAAACUUGGUUUAGGUUGUACAAUUAUAAGUGUUGGGAAGAAGGGUAAUGCUUAUUUUUCGAGGCGGGUGUCUAGUGUGUCUGUGGAUCGAUUCGUAGAGGGGGAGGGUUUUCCGACUGCUAGAGAGGCACAGACGAUUGCUGAUGAUGUUUUCUCUCUUUUUGUGAGUGAGGAGGUUGAUAAGGUUGAGCUGUUGUAUACUAAGUUUGUGUCAUUGGUUAGGUCUGAUCCUGUGAUUCGGACUUUGCUUCCUCUUUCGCCAAAGGGGAAGGCUGUUGACGCUUAUGGGAAUAGUGUUGAUGCAGUGGAGGAUGAGUUCUUCAGGCUGACGAGUAAGGAAGGGAAGUUAGCAGUUGAAAGACUGAGAGUUGAGAAAAGGAAGCAGGAAGUGCAGCCUCUUUUGGAGUUUGAGCAGGACCCGGUUCAGAUUAUUGAUGCAAUGAUGCCUCUAUAUUUAAACAGCCAGAUACUGAGAGCCUUGCAGGAGUCACUGGCGAGUGAGCUAGCAGCGAGGAUGAAUGCCAUGAACAAUGCCAAUGAGAAUGCUAUGGAGUUGAAGAAGACACUUUCUAUUGCGUACAAUAGAGAAAGGCAGAUGAAGAUUACUGAAGAGCUGUUGGAGAUUGUUGCUGGAGCUGAAGCUCUUGUACCAUUUGAUUAGAUUGGCAUCGGAUUAAAACAUGGCUAGUUUGUUGAUCCAAGUUUCUUCCUUUUGUUGAUUGUUUACUGCAAUUGAGUUUUAGACACAAUGGACCUACUUUUCUUGAAGAGUCGACUCCAACUUUAAUAAUGAAGAGUGCCACAGAGAGUUUUUGCAAUUUUUAAGUUGAAAGUACGAGUACGUGGUACUAAUUAGUCUUCCAUCCUCUGAACUGUAUGUGCUCAUAAACUGUCAACUGAUCAGAUUGAACUGAGGAAUUCCAUCUAUUGGCACAAUUGUGAAAAUAUUGAAUAAAGAGGAGAAUUUUGAAGAUGUAAAAAAAGCUGUUCAAUUCAUUUGUUGAAGGAACAACGUUUGUACAUGAACUAGAAUUAUGAUGCACAGAUUGCACACCAAAAUUUUGUUGGAGAAUUCGACCCUUGCUUGAUUUACCAAAUACAGUUAACAGUCACACCUCAUGAAAAA